CUCAAUGCACACCGCUUCCCUAUAUGGGCUUCGCUUGCACGCGAUUAUCUUGCAAUUAUGGCAACCUCGGUCUCAAGUGAAUGGGCCUUCUCUAGCGCAGGCAUCACGAUUACUAAACGACGAAACCGGUUGAAGGGCGACAUUGUUGAGGCCCUCCAGGCACUCAAAUGUGCGUACCGUAAGAACCUG